GCGUGCUCGUGUGUGUUGUCCUUCGCUGUUGGUGUAAAUGCACGUGACCUCGGUUGUGUGGUCAGUUCGUGACACUUUAAUGGGAUUUGUCCGUUAGCUAAACGUUAACGACAACACCAAAGACCACUUUACCGGCCGCAGCUACACUGAUUCCCAUUGUUUGUGUGUGGCUGCACGCGCUUUCUGUCCAUCACACGCUGCACAUCACCCGUUACAACCACCACACGCGCUCACACACACCGCCAUCCUGCGAGUUACACAGCUGGUUAGCUAGCAAGCUAACUACUACUCACAAUCUGGCAGCGUUGUCAUUUCGUUUUCGUAUUGUUAUGUGUAGACGUGAAUAUCGUUGAAACAAGGGACUAUCUACAUCUCUCCUCGGCUGACCGGGAGCCGCCAUGGAAUGCCGCGUUCUGUCCAUACAGAGCCAUGUAGUCCGGGGAUAUGUUGGCAACAAGAGUGCCUCUUUCCCAUUACAGGUCUUAGGGUUCGAGGUGGACUCCAUCAACUCCGUCCAGUUCUCCAACCAUACAGGUUAUUCUCAUUGGAAAGGCCAGGUGCUGACAGCAGAUGAGCUCCAUGUUCUUUAUGAAGGAAUCAAACUGAACAACGUGCAUCACUAUGACUACGUUUUAACAGGGUAUACCAGAGACACAUCCUUCUUAGAGAUGGUGGUGGACAUUGUCCAGGAGCUAAAGAGAGCCAACCCCAGCCUGGUGUAUGUAUGUGACCCUGUCCUCGGUGAUCAUGGAUCUAUGCUACAUAACACAUACGUUCCUCAGAAUCUUUAUCCAGUCUAUAAGAACAAGGUGGUCCCUGUUGCUGACAUUAUUACUCCUAACCAGUUUGAGGCUGAAUUAUUGACAGGGAAAAACAUUAGCACAGAGAAAGAUGCUGUAGAGGUAAUGGAUCUUCUCCAUGCUAUGGGCCCAGACACAGUGGUCAUCACCUCCUCUGACCUGCCCCCCAGACUGGGAGACCGCUUCCUUGUGUGUUUGGGCAGCCAACGUCACGUUCGUCCAGAUGGCAGCAGGACAACAGAGAGAGUUCGAAUGGAAGUUCCCAAAGUGGAUGCCGUUUUUGUAGGAACCGGAGAUUUGUUUGCUGCUAUGCUGCUAGCGUGGACACACCAUUACCCUAAUGACCUAAAGACGGCCUGUGAGAAGACGUUUUCAGUGAUGCACCACGUGAUCCAGAGGACCAUAUCUUAUGCUCAUGAAUUAGCGGGUCCUGGUCGAAGGCCCAGUCCGCCCCAGCUGGAGCUGAGGAUGGUUCAAAGUAAAGCUGACAUAGAAGACCCUGCUAUAGUUACGAAGGCCACAGUCAUAUCCUAACAUUACCGACCCAUAAGACUCAUACUAACCUUGUCCUCUUCACCCAUAAAUCUCUCAAUUCCUGUAUCUCAGUAAAUCUCAUCAGUCGUCGUUUUCGAUCUUCAACACACCAUCCAGACCCCUUACGCCCUUUAGUAUUAACACCUUUAGUCCUUCCACUCCCCUUUACCCAUUUAACUCUUCUAUGUCCUAACCCCUUAAACAGAACCUUUAACCUCCAACUCCUACACUCUUUUACCCUGUUAUGGAACCAGAGCCAUGGAUAGACAGAGUUUGGUCUGGUUGGACUGUGGCGGCCUGUUGUUGGCCCUUAUUUAACAGCAUAUGGAGUGUUCUUUCUCUCUCCAAGAUUUCUCUGAUAUUACUUAUUUCCACAAAUGCACUGGAAUCAAAGGAUGAAAGGAAAAUUACUGUAAUACGAAUGACUGGACACUUGUGAGAAAACUCUGAGCUGUCUUACUAGCUUAAAACACAGAGCCCUUGGUGCUAGGCAUUAUUUCGAAGGAUAGGUUGGGGAUUUUUCAGGUUUGCCUUAAUACAGUAUUGACAUGCACAUAUGUACGAGAGAAGAGGUCUUAGCCAUUGUAACUUCUCCUGCACUCCUCACUGCCCUUGAAUGUUUCCAGCUAGAAUGCAACUAUGCUGACAAAAAAAAAAGAGGGACAAAAGACACAGCCCUCAAAAUGCACUCCAAAGUUCAGAGGCCCAAAUGGUGCUUCAGCUAUUAGGGUCAGAUAUCAAGAAUCGGUUCAGUUGGAAAUGGUUCCAAAUUUCCAAGAACUAUGGAUUUAUAAGACAAGUGCAUUUCGGUUCCUAACAGAUCCAUAUGUCAGUCGUGCUGCCAAGUGAACCACAAUGAGCAUUAUACAGUCCACAUGGACCUAACGCCACAUCAUUAGAGCAUGUGAAGAGAGACCCGUUUACGUCCUGGACCA